AUGCCUCGGGUAACCAAGCCGCCUGCGAAAGCUGCAUGUCUGGCAUGUCGCUCAUCGAAAACUCGAUGCGAUGGGCAGUAUCCUUGCAGGAGUUGCUAUAACAAAGGCCGAGAUUGCAGCUUCCAACCCAGUCGCCGAGGUGGAGCUCGAAGAGGGAUCCGAUAUGCUGAGACGCUGCAGCGCAAUGACCGAUCUGAUAACGCACCAUCAGAAACUAUAUUGCAGCAUCGGUCUUCUCCCAGGAAUGCGACGGAAACUCUUGACCCAUUCCUUGAGAAUACUAUGGGGCUACUAACUCCAUUCGUGGGUAUUCAUAAUUUAGACCUGUCCCCAGACACGCUAUCAGACACCGGUGAAGCUCUCCAACUGUGGGGUCAGCUCACUCCAGGUGAUGGGUCCUUUGCCUCUGCGUCUAUUGACGAUGUGGAUCUACCUACGAUUCGGGCUUAUCAGUCUGAAGAAGAAAUCCUCAAUGCCUACUAUAUCUACAUGCACCCCUAUUUCCCUUUGCUACCGCCGUGUCCGCACUUACAACAUGAAGAUCGAUCUACCUUUGUUCAAUCAUCAAAACAGUUUGCUGAGCCGAAGAAAACCGAUCUACCUUAUUGGCCAGUAUCUUCAUUGAGUCUCGCGUUGUCAGCAAUACUCGUUCUCAUACCACCCAUUUCCGAUUCAUCUCCAAUGACUGAAGCUGCCGUUCUUCUGAGGCGCUCAUAUGCCCAGCUCUAUGCACAGGCAGCUUUAGCCAGCGUCGAGAGAGAGGUUGAUGAGUUGAGUCCCGCCUCGAGCAUCAACUUGAUAGGCGCCAGUAUAUCCCAAGAGCAAAGUCAGCUCCACUCACAGGUUCCACUUCCACUGGAUCCAAUUUUGGCACUUUUGGUCCUUGCAAUGUAUGAGUAUUGUCAACGUGGAAAUGUAUCGCGGAUGCGUGCUCGUGUGAACCAUGCUGUGACCACGGCAAUGGAUAUUUCCCUUCACGACCUUGGCUCAGCCACAACGGAAUAUUCUGAGGCGCAAAGACGCGCAUGGUGGAUGAUACCCCCCAUCAUCGCUUCUGAUGAUCCACGCAUAACGACACCUUUCCCACGAUUCGGUGUGAAUCCAGAGCCUUGGGGACUUACAAUACGAGUGCAAAAGCUUCUCUACGCUGCACAUUCCAUGGUCCAAAGGAUUGAAAGUGUCGCUGACUCGCCACUUAUAUCCAAUCUCGGCGACGAAAUAAAGAAGCUCGAUGCUCAAAUUGUAAUCUUGAUGAUCGAAGCAGACCAAAGUCUACGAGAGACAUUCGAUUUUGAUGGUGAAUGUUACGUUGCUGAGAAUAUGUGGAGAAUCAGCCGUAUCAUGAUUAAUACGUAA